CUCCUACAAGCAGCCGACGGAGAAGAGGAGCAGACAGCAGAGGAGCACACGGGAAUGGAGCAUUAAGACAUAACGGCACGCUCCGUCGCUGGAGAUAAUUUAACACAGCUACACACAUGACGAAAGAAAAUCGACCAGCAACGCAAAGGCAACAACCAUGCUUAUGAAAUCCAGGCGAAUGUGAGGAACUGCUUCCAAGGUUUCUCCGCUUUGCCCUCGUCACAGAUCAGCUGGCGCAGGUCGGUCGAUCGUCACCUCCACUGUCACCCCUGAACCAGUAUCCACCAUGUCCGUGGAGGAGCAGGUUUACCCCCACGCAGCGCUGCUGCUGGAAGCCGGGCCGGAGUGGAUGCGGGCGGAGAUCGAACGUCUGUCCCGGGAGCUGAGUGAGACCACCAACGAGAAGAUCCAGGCGGCGGAGUACGGGCUGGCGGUGCUGGAGGAGAAGCAGCAGCUUAAACAGCAGUACGAAGACCUGGAGCUCGAAUAUGAGACCAUCCGGCAGGAGCUCGACCAACUCAAAGAGGCCUUUGGACAAGCCUACUCCAACCACAGGAAGGUGGCAGCGGAUGGGGAGAGCCGUGAAGAGUCUCUGAUCCAGGAGUCGGCCUGUAAGGAGGCCUACUAUGAGCAGAGGGUCCUGGAGCUGCAGAACGAGCUCCGCCAGACACGCAACAACCUUAUCAACAUGCAGUCUGACUAUGAACGCUUGAACACCAUCUUCCAAGAGAUGAACGAGAACAGCCAGAUGGUGGAGCUGCAGAGGAAUCAGCUACGUGAUGACAUCAAGGAGUACAAGUUCCGCGAGGCCCGUCUGCUGCAAGACUACACUGAACUGGAGGAGGAGAACAUCUCGCUGCAGAAACAGGUUUCCAUGCUCAAACAGAGCCAGGUGGAAUUUGAGGGUCUGAAACAUGAAAUCCGCCGACUCGAGGAGGAUACUCAGUUCCUUAACAGCCAGCUGGAGGAUGCCAUCCGCCUAAAAGAAAUCGCUGAACGUCAGCUUGGGGAGUCUCUGGAAACCAUCAAGACUGAACGUGAGCUGAAAGCUUCUCUGAGGAAGGAGCUUUCGCACUACAUGAGCAUUGGAGAUUCUUUGUACCACAGCAUCUCUUUGGAUGGUCUUAAAUUCAGCGACGAUGCCACCACUGAACCUAAUAAUGAUGAGGCGCUGCUCGGUUACGAGAAUAGUUUCAGUAAACUGGCCAAUGCCAUCAAUGACGACAACCGCAUCUCCACACCCAAGAAGGAAGAGAUAUUCCGUCCUGCACCCAGCCUGGUAGAUGACCUGCUGAGCGAACUCAACAUCUCUGAGAUCCAGAAGCUCAAACAGCAGCUCAUGCAGAUGGAGCGUGAGAAAGUAAACCUGUUAUCAACCCUACAAGACUCUCAGAAACAGUUAGAGCAGGCUCACGGCGCUCUGUCAGAGCAUCAGGAGAAGGUAAACCGCCUCACUGAGAACCUCAACGCUAUCCGCAAACUCCAGGCUAGUAAAGAGCGCCAGUCCGCACUGGACAACGAGAAAGAACGCGAUAGCCACGAAGACGGAGAUUACUAUGAAGUGGACAUCAAUGGGCCUGAGAUCCUUGAGUGCAAGUACAAGGUUGCUGUGUCUGAGGCAGGAGAGCUAAGAGAGGAGCUGAAGACUCUGAAAGCAGAAUACCAGACUUGCCAGUCCCGUUACGAGGAGGAGCGCACCCGCCUGGAGAGUGAUGUUACAACGCUUGGUGAAAAACUGGCCGUUCUGGAGAAGAUAAGUCAAGCCGAAAAGGAAGAGAAGACAAAGCUAGAGAAGGAGCUGCGCAAGUUGAGUGAUGUGGCAGGCGAGUCGCAGGGGAGUCUGAGCGUGGCACAGGAUGAGCUGGUCACUUUCAGCGAAGAACUGGCGACCCUAUACAACCACGUCUGCAUGUGCAACAACGAAACACCCAACCGCGUUAUGCUUGAUUUCUACAAAGAGGGCAAAGGCGGUAGGAGCAGUCCAGAGGGCCGUGGCCGUCGCUCGCCUAUCUUGCUCACCAAGGGCCUCUUCCCUGAACCCGGAAAGACAGACCUAACCGACAGAGCCCCUUCACCACUGUCGUCCCUGCCUUCUCCUGUGUCUGACCACCGCCGCGAGCCCAUGAACAUCUACAAUCUGGUGGCUAUCAUCAGAGACCAGAUCAAGCACCUGCAGCUGGCUGUGGAUCGCACCACAGAGUUGUCACGCCAGAGGAUGGCCUCUCUGGAGCUUGGCACUGUGGCUGAUAAGGACAAGGAAGCCUGCAUGGAAGAAAUCCUUAAACUGAAAUCUCUUCUCAGCACCAAGAGGGAACAGAUUGCUACUCUGAGGACGGUCCUCAAGGCCAACAAGCAGACAGCUGAAGUGGCGCUGGCCAACCUGAAGAGCAAGUAUGAGAAUGAAAAAGCCAUGGUAACCGAGACCAUGAUGAAACUGAGGAACGAGCUCAAAGCCCUGAAAGAAGACGCUGCCACUUUUUCCUCGCUCCGUGCCAUGUUUGCCACACGUUGUGAUGAAUAUGUCAGUCAGCUGGACGAGAUGCAGAGGCAGCUGGCUGCAGCAGAGGAUGAAAAAAAGACCCUCAACUCCCUGCUGCGGAUGGCUAUCCAGCAGAAACUCGCCCUGACGCAGCGCCUGGAGGACCUGGAGUUCGACCACGAGCAGAUUCGGCGCGGCAGCUACGCCAGCCGGGCUAAGACCCGCGGCAAGGCAGCCGGAGGCACCACGAGUAACCCCCAUGUAAGUCAGAGUCCCACCUGCUCUGGCCGGUCAGAGCACAGCACCGUGCUGCCAGAGCACAACAUCGUGCUACCCAACGGCAUUCUUGGUGGACCCGCGGUGUUCUGCAGCGAGAAGUACAAGAUCUACUGCGACUGAGACGUCUGCAGGGGGACUGCUGUGUACAGAGGGAAGGGGGCUGGCUGGCUUAACCUUCCCUGCCUUUAUGUUUAGCACCUGGGCGUUCUGCACUCCUCUAGGGACUGUCGUGUGAUUAACCAACUGCUCGUGUAAACGCUUUAGCGAAUGCAGACGUAUGUACAGUGUGUACUAGACGCUUGGGACUGUAGUAAGCAUAUACGGCAUGUGGCGGUGGGCCCCGGUUGUAUUGGGAAGAGGGUAGUUUUGUGGAUGUUACGGAGUGUCUGUUUGUUCCGCUGUCAUGGUGCUAUACGUUGGGUAUAAAAAGUGGCAGCUUAUUUGCUUGUUGGUCUCCAUCGCCCAAGUGUGUUGCCUGGUAACAGUGACACAUUUGGACGUGGCGACUUGUGAGGAGGAUGUCAAACAAAAGUUCUGAGUUGGGACUAAACGUGACAUCCUCUGCUUUUUGGCUCGUCUGUCGGCAUCGGUGCUCCUUCAAAGGGAAAAUGAAAAAGUAGCGUCCUCCCAGGCGCUUCUCAGUUCUGGUCCUCCUCCCCCAUCCUCCAGGACGUAUCCACAUCCUGCAGCCCACUGUCUAAUCAGGUGAUUCUUAAAUGUUUACAAAAAGAAAAAGUUGACAGAAAAUAUGCAAGCUCCCUCUGCUUUCUGGCUCGGGGAGCACAGUGUGAUGUUACACAAAAACAUUCAAAAACUCAGAGGCGGCUGUCUGUUGUCUGUCUGUUUGAUUGACAGAACUGUUUGGGUGAAAAAAGGAGCACUUGUGACCACAGGUUUUUAUUCAGGAUUAUUUUAAAGCUGUGAUGCUAGCACACCAAUAGGUUAGGGCUCGAAGUAUAGCAUGGCUUUGCGUCUGAAACGCUUGUCAGCUUUUUUUUUUUUUUUUUUUAUGACUGUUUUGUUGUCAGGCGUGCGGUACAAAACAGGCUUGUGUACUGCGAAGCGUCACUUUGUAAAAGUUGUUCGGUGUCUGGUGAAAUACAGGAGGGCUUCUUCAUGUGUCCCCCUCCCGUUACGUUACGGCGGGGAAGUUUUCUUCUUCUUUUUUUUUUUUUUUUUUUUUCCAGAGCCAUAUAAAUGCGAGAAAGUCUGACAAAUCGAUCUUUACACCCAAAUUAAGUGCACUUCAGCACAGGUGCCUCAGGAUUCCUAUUUCUCUUAAAGUAAAUAUAAUUAUUACUGUGAACAGAGAUAUAGUUUUGAUCAUUUUUUUAUGAAGCAGAUUCUAAAAAGAGCACAAUUUCUCUUGGGAAAAGGCACCCGCAUCUGGAGAAUAAAUCUGCAAUCUGAAACCGUCAUCACUCGACAAAGUGCCUGUCGACCCAAAACACUUGAUACAUUUAUCUGUCUAUGUAAAGCUCCACCCUUGUGUGUCAACGUCAUCUAACACGGUUGAUUUCCUUUUCUACCCUCUCAAACCCCGCCCCCAUCUUCCGCUGCUCCCGCUCUAUUUUUGAACUCACAAAAAAAAUUUCCCUGUGGUUAUGCGGCUGAAAAAACCUUUCCUCGUGUUUCUAAUCUAGUCUCUUGUUGCCAUAAAAACACCCCCCCGCAUCACCACUCACCCUUUAACUAGAAUGAGUAACUGUGGGAGGGUUUGUUUUUUUUUUUUUUUGGUGCAGGUAAAGUCCUGGUUGCUCUUGUGCAUGUUAUUUUUUUAUAUAUAUUUUUUAUUUUUAUUUGCCGUGUGAUGUGUGCAGACAAAGCGCCGUGCUGUUUUAGUAUCCACCAUAGCUUUAGCCCCUUGCAAGCUAGCGUUACGCAAACAAGUUUAAAAAAGUGUAUAAGUGGGGCUUUUGUUUAUAAAUUCAUGUAGUACUUGUGGAUCAUAAAUACGUUAGCUUUACGAUGCUGAAAGCAGGGUUGAUGUGAGGAAUUCCUGCAAGAUUAAUCAAAUUAUACUUUUUUUCUACUACAAGCAACCGUAUAUUAAACUCUAUAUUCUUAAUAUUAACGUGUUCAGGUUACGAUCUUGCAGGAUCCUGCUACAGUAUUCUUUCCUCUUGAAUACUCAGAUUUAGUAUUUAUUCCUGUGAAAAAAAAGGAAAGGUGACCCUCAAAGGUCAACCCUGCUUAAAUGUGCAUCUGUAAGCCACAGCACACAGCAUGGACACAAGGCUAUCUAUCAUGCACAUUAAGUGAAGAAGAAAAAAAAAUCAAGUUUGCGAUUUGCAUCACUUCUAAGUGCGAUAUAUUUUGUUUCUAGUGGUUUUCACUGAUGGAGAGAAAAGGUUGAGGGAGUAGUGGAGAGAACUACUCGUGUUGUGAAGCAGCUCCUGAGAAAGGAGUUGGAGUAAACGUGGCGUUUUGGUGAAGAAAAUGCAGACGUUUGUCUGAGUGACGAUACCGCAGAGAAAUGAGUCCGGGGGGGUUCUUGACGGAGAAUUCCCCUGUCAUUUCUGGAGUUAGAAAAAAAAAAUGAAGGCUGGUUGUUUGUUCAACCAGAAGACAUUGAUUCAAACUGGUUGAGCCUUUAACACGACCCCCCCACCAAUGUUUGGUUUUGGUGGAGACACUGAACAGUAGAUAGACUUUAACACCCCAGAAUGUGAUUGUGAUUAAAGAUCCAGUUUUGCUCCAUCUGGUUUGGAAUCAAUGUCAUAGUGGCAUGCCACUGAAAAGGCUCCUCCUACCUCUGCCUGCAGGCUCCUCCCACUUCACCUUUAUGUUCCAUGACAUUAAAUGCAUCUAGUUUUCGAUUGGUGGUAAGCCUGCAUCUCAAUGACCUAAACCCUUUCGUCAUUAACUUGCGUGUCAUCUGAGAAACAGCCGCCUCCUCCGGCCGGGGCUGUGGGCCGCGCUGUCGCUCUUCUGGGUGGAAGGACACUGCACUUGUGAGUCAUUGGCUUCCUAAUUGCACACACUGGUUCCUUUGUGUCGACGGAUGCUAACGAAGCUUCCUUUGCUUUGACUAACCAUCGCUGCCGUGAGGUCUGAAGCGGCGAACCUUCGACGCUCCUGAGCUGUCAAUACGAAAAUGCUAACACUGAUCAUCUGUUUGUUUCUCCGUUCUGCAGUAAUUACAGUAGCUCUACAAGGAUGAUGAGGUUCCCACACGAGGUCCAUCCUCACUGGCAAGUGAGUUCGUCAAGCAGAUUUAACACUGUAGACGAUUUAGACUUGGACCCACAAAAAAAAACCUGAUUUCAUGUCAGAUCAGCUGUUUGGAAUAACACUUUGUUGUCAGCGUGCUGCUGCUUGAAGCCAAUUUCUCACAAGUUUGUGAUUGGCUAAUGCAACCAAUCAACCUCCAAUUAGGAGCCACGAGACUAGGGGGUUGUUUCUCAGUGUAAACCAACAAGCUAUUUUAUCUGGUUUCACUUUUUUGUUUUUUGUUUUUUAUUAUUAUUAUUAUUUUUAGUUUGUUUACUUAAUCUGUGCACUUUGAUUAUAUAGGAUUAUGAUAACAGACUAUUAUUAAUCUGUAGGAAAGUGUAGUAGUACUAUGGUUUGUGUUUAUCAGUAUAGGUUAUCAAGCACUCUGAUAAUUAUUUAUCCUCCUAAUACCAGGUAAAAGUUCCACAAACCACAGAUCUACUCUUCCAACUUCAUCCUCAAAGAUUUUCUUCAUCAAAUAAUCAUUUUUAAAGGUUUUGUUGUCGUUUAUAUUAUGCUGUUUGUUCUCUUUUGCGUUUGUUCUACUGCCAUGUUUUAUACAGGAAAAAAAACAAUCCAGGGUGAUCAAAUUCUGGGGUUUUUUCAUGUAUUUAUUAUUCCUAGGAAUAGUUCAAUUAACAUAAUGAAACUUGACAACGCUCUGGCUCUGACAGGUAAGUUGUGUUUUGGGAAAUAUUGAGUGAUAACAGUGUAAUUUUCCGAGCUUCUUACCGAGGGCGUUCCACUGAAACAGGAUCACUGACUUUUCAGAAUUCUCUGCAAAUGCAACAAUUAAAUUCCAAAUUGGAAUUGUUUUAUUCUCUCUUUGUUUAUUGUGCCAAAUCUUGGUACACCGUUUAGGUCGAAAAGAAUCAGGACUUUGAAAGCAGACAAGUUGUCACAAGAAAGGUGUAGUUUGGGCUUUGGCUCUCCUUGUGAGUGCUGGGGUUUUGUUUUUCGCUUUGUUUAGUUCUUUGUUUCUGACCGGUAGUGCCUUUCAUUGUUUCAAGGGAGAAUCUUAGAGUAGUGUUUUCCUUUCUUUUUUUUUUUAGGUGAGGACUUUGGGUUCAAAAUGACUGUGAGCAGCAAUAAGUGCAAAAGGAAUUUCCCCUUUCUGCAUGCGUGAGAUGUUUUAAAAUUAGCUCAGUAAUCAGAAAUUGUAUUGAAUUCUGUAGGUCAGUGAUCCUCUCAAUAAAUUCAGGGGUAUUAAGAAAAGGUUACUUUUUUAUAUAUUAUCAAACGUUGGGGUACCAAAAGAAAUCGCUUUGGCCUCCUGUUUUUGAACAAAUGCUCCAACGUGUUGGGGUUGAUCAAUGUGCUAUUGGAAACAUCAACAUAUCUCUAGCUUCGUUUGGUGAUGGUAAUGUGAUAUCAAUAGUAUUGUUGGA